UAAACAAUAAAAAUAAAUAAUAUGGUUAAUACACCCUUAUAAUACCUUUACUUUUUAGCACAGAUCUAUGGUUUUUUAAUUAAUUUUGAGUUAAAUUAAACCGUAUUCACGAGUUUCUCGUCGUCAAUGGUUUGAUUUCCAUCCAUAUCUGAAUAACUGAAAUCAGAUUUUUGGCUUAUGUUUAUUAAUUUUCAAAAGACGUUGCAUAGAAGUUACUUAUUUUCAUUGUUGUGACCCAUUCUACAGGAAUAUAAAAAUGGAUGAUUGCAUGACAGAACUUUGUGAGAUUAUUCAUGGCUUGGGUGAAAGAUUACCACGCAAAGAUACAGUCGAAUUAAUUCAGUCGGUAUUAUUAAAACAAAUGAUAUUGUUAAUUCAUCAACUUCAAAAAGCUGCAAUUUUACAUAAUAAUCAAUAUAUAUCAGUCAAACAUAUACUAUAUGUUUUGAAAGAUUAUAGGGUCACGCUUAUUCGAAUUCUAUCAUACUAUUAUUUAAAAGAUACUAUCAAAAAACUCAGUAAAUUAGGUAAUACUGAAAAACCAGAGAAAAGGAAAAGAAAUAAAAAACUAGAACUUCUAGGUUUUUUUAAAGAUGAUAUGGUUGAAAAUAUUACAAAUGUAGAAGACGAAUCAUUACAAAUAGACCCAGCUGCUGCCUUGGCCGCUAUUGAUUUUACAAAAAAAGAUGUAUCUCCCGACAAAAUACAUUUUAAAUCUAUUUUUCAUAAGCUUAGGAACACAAUUGUGGAAUUGAAAUUAAAAAUUAAUAUAACUGAAGAAGAUAUAAAAAAAUCUAAUGAAUCACGUCUGAUGAGAGCUAAUGAUAUAUCAAUUUUACUAACGGCAAGAGCAUAUGAAGGUUUUGAAAUAUGUAGAAGAAAAAGUUUUCAUGGUAGAUUAGGAGACAAGUUAUUGUUUCAAGUACAGAAAGCUCUCCCAUGGGAUAUUACUUUCAAUAGUCAAGUUAAAGAUAUCCUUAUGUUUUUAGCUAAAGAAACAAUUCAAUGUCUUAUUGAUCGUGUUUUUGAAAAUAGAAAAUGUAAAGACAGUUGUGAUGAAAAUAAUUUAGCUGUCAUGAAGAAAACAAAAUAUAGAUCUAUUCUGGUUGAUGAAGUAAUAUCCGCCACUAAGUUUGUCUGGAAAAUUCCUUUAAAAGAAAUCCACUACCUCUACAAAGAAGAAGAUACAUUUUUUAAUGAGCAAUUGAUUUUUGAUUCAUAAAUAGUAUUAUGCUAUGUAAAAAUUAAGUAUAAUCUUAAAAACUAUAUCGAUUACAUAAUUUAAAUAAUAAAUUAAAA